AUGUACGGGAGCUCGUUCACCAACGAUCUUGGCUACGGCUCCGAGGUCGCGCAGAGCGUCGCCGCGCACAGCGAAAACAAGGCCGGACAGCCUCGCAUUCUCCUGAUGGGUCUCCGUCGGAGCGGUAAGUCGAGUAUCCAGAAGGUGGUGUUCCACAAGAUGUCUCCCAACGAGACCCUCUUCCUCGAGACCACCAACAAGAUCGUCAAAAACGACAUUUCGAACAGCUCGUUCGUGCAGUUCCAGAUCUGGGACUUCCCGGGCCAGCUGGACUUCUUCGACCCGGCCUUCGACUCGGAGGCCAUCUUCGGCGGCUGCGGUGCCCUCAUCUUCGUCAUCGACGCCCAGGACGAGUACGACGAGGCCCUCCGCAAGCUCCACAUGACCGUCACCAAGGCCAUCAAGGUCAACCCGCGCAUCUCGUUCGAGGUCUUCAUUCACAAGGUCGACGGUCUCUCCGACGAUCACAAGAUCGAGGCACAGAGGGACAUUCAGCAGCAGGCGCUGGACGACCUGGCGGACGCGAAGCUGGACGUGCACCUGAGCUUCUACCUGACCAGCAUCUACGACCACUCCAUCUUCGAGGCCUUCUCCAAGGUCAUCCAGAAGCUCAUCCCCCAGCUCCCCAUCCUCGAAAACCUCCUCGACAUCCUCAACACCAACUGCCGAUUGGAGAAGUCGUUCCUGAUCGACGUGGUGAGCAAGAUCUACGUGGCGACGGACAGCUCGCCGGUGGACAUGCAGACGUACGAGCUGUGCUCGGACAUGAUCGACGUCGUGAUCGACGUCUCGUGCAUCUACGGCAUGAAGGAGGACUCGGACGGCCUGGCCUACGACGACAAGUCCCAGUCCCUCAUCAAGCUCAGCAACGGCAUGGUCCUCUACCUCCGCGAAGUCAACAAGUAUCUUGCCCUUGUGUGCCUCCUGCGGAAGGAGAACUUCGAUAAGCAUGGUCUGCUCAACUACAACUUCCAGUGCCUCAAGCAGUCAAUAACAGAGGUCUUCCAGGCCAGCAACACUGCCAAGUAA